AAUAACUACUUCCAGUCGCACUCGAGGAAGACGUAGAAACUAGCCUACCUCCGUGUCCCUCCCUCUCUCUCUCUCUCUCUCUCUCUCCCACGUCGUAUCCGUAUCACCGCCGGAGAUCAAGAGAAGGAGGAUCGAUCAAGUGAGCAGCUAGCUAGGUAUAGCUCGGAAGGAGGGUCCAUAUAUAUGGCGGGGGCAGGCGGCGUUGGCCGCAGCGGCGAGGACGAGGACGGGGAGGGGGAGCGCGGAGGGGGAGCGGCGGAGGUGCAAGUGUACUGCGCGGUGGGGAAGGAGGCGGGGCGGGAGUGGAGGGCCAACCUGCGGUGGGUGCUGGCCAACUUCCCCCGGAGCCGCCACCGCCUCGUCCUCGCCCACGUCCACCGCCCGCCGCACCGCAUCAACAUGAUGGGGGCGUGGGUCCCAGUGAGCCAACUUGCGGAGCACGAGGUGGCCGCCUACAGCAAGCUGGAGGAGGACAGGGCCAGCAAGGCCCUCGACGUCCUCAUCGACAUCUGCGCUAGUCAACGGGUCCAGGCGCGCAAGGUCGUCGUGUCCGGAGACGACGCGGCGAGGGGCCUGGUCCAGCUCGUCGACGACCAUGCCGUCGCCGAGCUCGUCAUGGGCGCCGCCGCUGACCGGGGAUACACCAGGAAGUUGCGGACGCCGAAGUCCAAGAAGGCGGUGACGGUGCAGCGGAAGGCCAACCCCUCCUGCAGGAUCUGGUUCGUCUGCAAAGGAAACCUCAUCUGCACUAGGGAGGUCAGCGAGGAGCUGAACAGAGGAGAACCAUCCACGGCUAGCACCAGCCCAAGAUCUGUCGCCUCCGAUUACUCGAGAUCGAAAUCGUCCCCGCCGCGCCUAACGCUCCACGGUGACUGUGACGGUGACGGCGAGCUGUUCGGACUGCAGCACGACUCGCGCGAUCCGAUGAUGGCGGCGUCGCUCCGCCGAACUCCGAGCAGGGACGACAGCGACAAUGCCGAGGAUCACAGCGUCGAGGAUUUCGGCCAUGAGGGAGCUGCUGAAGGUGGGUCGUCGGCUGUCGUGCAUUCACUGCAAGAUGUCGACGAAGACCCACCCACACCUUCGCACGAUGGUUCGGAGGAGGAGGCUGGCGACAUGGAAGAUGCUCUGUACGAGAAGCUCAAAGACGCGAUUACGGAGGCCGGGAGCCUCAGGCACGAGGCGUACGAAGAGACUCGCCGGCGGCAGAAGGCUGACCGAGACCUGGCCGACGCGUCUAGGAUGGCCAGGGAGGCGGAGAGCUCGUACCAUGGCGAGGCGAGGCGCCGGAAGGAGAUGGAGGAGAGUCUGACGAGGGAGCGCGCGGCCAUGGAGCAGGAAAGGCGGGAGCUCGACGCCAUUCUCGAGAAGAUACGGGCGGUUGAUGACCGCAGCGCCGAGCUCGAGCUCCAGAUCACCGACUCAGGGCGCGUGAUGAGCGAGCUCGAUGUCAGGAUGUCGGAGUCGUGCUCUGUCCUCGACGCGCUCAGGCGGGGGCGCCGAGGAGAAGACCCUGCAGCUGACGAAGAAUCCAUGCCUGCGGUGGAUGGUGGUAAUCAAGAUGUGAGUUUCUUGCGGCUUGGUUUGUCGGAGCUGGAGGAGGCGACCGAUCGUUUCCACGAGUCCGCCAUGAUAGGAGGCGCCGGUGCCGGCAGCCGCGGCCGCGUGUACAGGGGGAGCCUCCGCGGCAUGAGCGUCGCCGUCAAGAUGAUCUGCCCCGACGUCGCCGUCGACGAGGCGCGGUUCGGUCGUGCAGUGGACGCCAUCGCCAGGGCGAGGCACCCGCACAUCGUCUCGCUCGUCGGCGCGUGCCCGGAGGCGCGCGCCGUGGUGCACGAGCUCGUGCCGGGCGGGAGCUUGGAGGACCGUCUUGCAGGGAAGGCGCCGCCACUGCCGUGGCACGCACGAUGCGGCGUCGCGUACCGAACCUGCUCCGCCCUGGCCUACCUCCACUCGACGGCAACAGUGCAUGGCGACGUCCGGCCAGCGAAUAUCCUCCUGGAUGACGAGCGGUGCUCCUCCAGCAAGCUCGCCGGCCUCGGCAUGCCUGGUCUCGUGGUGCCGCCACAGCUCCCCAGCGGGGUGGCGCUGGCGUAUGUGGAUCCGCGGUACCUGGCAACGGGGGAGCUGACACCGCAGUGCGACGUGCAUGCGCUGGGCGUGGUCCUCCUCCGCCUUGUCACGGGCAUGCCGGCGUUCGCGGCGAAGAAGGCGGCGCAGAAGGCCGCCGAGGGGAGCACGCCCUGGCACGAGGUGGUGGACGCGAGUGCCGGGGGGUGGCCGAUGGAGCGCGCCACGGAGGUUGCGCUCCUCGGGCUGAAAUGCUGCGACGCGGUUGAAACCGGAGGACCACGCCGCGCGGGCGAGCUUCUGGAUGAGGCGCUGGGCGUGCUGGAGGCCGCGACGAACGCCACGCCGGGGAGGACGUGGUCGUCGCUCUCGGCGUCGACGGCGUCCGACAGCGGCGGCGCUCCGUCCUACUUCCUCUGCCCGAUACUCAAGGAGGUGAUGAGGGAUCCGCAGAUCGCCGGCGACGGGUUCACCUACGAAGCGGGGGCGAUGAAGGAGUGGCUCGGGAGCGGGCACGACACAUCCCCUAUGACCAACCUCAAGCUGCCCACCGACGAGCUCAUGCCCAACCACGCACUCCGCGCCGCCAUACAAGAGUGGCGACACACAAGGCCUAGCACCUUCCAUCGGCACCUAUGAUAGAUGCGAAAUUCAGAUUGUUCCAACCAUGAUUAGCAUUUAGCAGUAGAACUUCCAUGUCUGAAAAGCUAGAAAAGAUCACAUGGUUUUGCUUCCAAACGUGUCCUUGUAGAGAGCAAUGUACAAAGAAAGGCACAAUCCAAAACAUUGAUUUUGUCCCCUAAAAAAGAGGUAAGCGCCAACGUGGCACUGUAUA